GGGCCGCGUAUAUUGCUGUUUUGUUCUUGUGUUCUUAUUGAUUUUAAAAACAAAAUUUGCUUAUUUCAUAGUAAAAUGGAUAAAAUCGAACAAAAUGAUGGCACUAAUCGUGAUGAAUUGAUUAUGCAGCAACAGCGUGAAAUCGAAAAAGAGAUAAGUGAUUCGACACCAUUGGUAAGUGAACAACUGCCCAUAACUUGCCUUAAUGCUGAGUAUCUGGGUGAUGAAGUUUUCACAUCAAAAAUUCAAGAUCUUGCCGGCAAGUAUAAGUUCUUACGACGUACCCGCCCUGACGGAAAUUGCUUUUUUCGUGCAUUCGCUUAUGCGUACUUAGAGCAUUUAAUAUCCAACAAAGAUGAAUAUCUACGAUUCAAAGACUUGGCGGAAAAAUCGAAAGAUAAGCUAGUGCAGUUGGGAUUCCCUAGCUUCACGCUAGAGGACUUUCAUGAUACCUUUAUGGAAGUGGUUAAACGAGUAGACCCUGCAAGCGGUUCCACAGACCAAGUAUGUGACGAGCUGCAUAAAGUGUUCAAUGAGCAAGGCUACUCUGAUUAUGUAGUAGUCUAUUUACGCUUACUCACUUCUGGAAAGCUGCAAGAAGAGGCUGAUUUUUAUCAGCACUUCAUUGAAGGAAAUUUUACAAUUGAGGAAUUUCGUCACCAGGAAGUGGAACCAAUGUAUAAGGAAUCAGAUCAUAUACAUAUUAUUGCGCUCUGCACCGCUUUAGGUGUAGGCGUGCGCGUAGAAUAUAUGGAUCGAGGUGACACGCAUGUGAAGGCGCACGACUUUCCAGAGGGUAGUACACCAAAAGUUUUUCUAAUUUAUCGACCGGGUCACUACGACAUUCUGUAUCCCAAUUAAAAUCUAAACUUGAAGAUAUCAAUGCCUCAAAGCUACGAGCUAAGCUGCCUGCUUCUUUUCUAAUUUGCUAAGAAUAUGUUAAAUGUACGUAUGUAUAUUAUUUAUGGCGCUAAUUGUAUAUGUAUUAGGCAGCUUGAAUUGAUUUCCUACUUGUUUACGUUCAUUAACGAGGUUUAAAUAAUUUUAAAUGACAUUAUGAUCAUACGAGUCAUUCAACUGCAAUUAUAUUUUGGAUUUAUAAAAA